AAAUCUUAUUGGAAACUGGUGUACAGGGAAUGGAAGUGAUUAAAAUAUAAAUAUUUCCGUGACUCUUAACCACAAAAAGUAAUGUAAUUCUAAUGACAUUAAUUAAAUACGAGGGAAUUCAAUAUUAACUUUCUAGUCAAUUGUGGUCAACAUUGCCUGACAGAUUUAUGCUAUGCGCAUGCGCAUAAGGAAGACCAUGUUGAAUUGAGUGUAUAUUACGGUUGGGGUACGUGGAAGGUAAUAGUAUUUAGAGGUUGUUGAAAUUUGAGACAAUGACUGCCCACGAUCAAAUUAGGGCAAUGUUGGAUCAAUUGAUGGGAACAGGACGAAAUGGUGAGAACAACCGUUUCCAGGUUAAGUUCUCCGACCCUAAAGUGUGCAAGAGUUUUCUGCUCAGUUGCUGCCCACAUGAAAUACUUUCUUCAACACGAAUGGACCUUGGAGAUUGCCCCAAGAUACAUGACCUUGCUCUUCGUGCUGAUUUUGAGAAAGCGAGUCACACUAAGGAUUACUAUUAUGAUAUUGAUGCCAUGGAACACCUGCAAGCAUUCAUUGCAGACUGUGAUCGCAGAACUGAGCUGGCAAAGCAGCGUUUAGCCGAGACUCAGGAGGAAUUGUCUGCAGAAGUUGCACAGAAAGCUAACAAAGUACAUGAACUUGCAGAGCAAAUUGGCAAGAAGUUGGCAAGGGCAGAGCAAUUAGGAGCUGAGGGCUUUGUGGAGGAGAGUAUGAAGCUGAUGGAAGAGAUAGAGGAUCUGCGCAAGAAGAAAAGUGCAGCAGAAGGAGAGUAUCGCAAUUCCAUGCCCGCCAGCAGCUACCAGCAACAAAAGCUGCGUGUCUGUGAAGUCUGCUCUGCAUAUCUUGGUAUUCAUGAUAAUGAUCGACGACUGGCCGAUCAUUUUGGCGGCAAGCUUCACUUGGGAUUUAUUAAAAUCAGAGAAAAACUGGCUGAACUUGAAAAAACUGUUGAAGGUCGGAAACAGCAGAAACGACAGGAGAUGAGCAGUAGAGACAGGGAGAGGGAGCGAGAAGAUCGUGAGCGAGAACGUGCGAAGGAGAGAGAUCGAGAUCGUGUUGGGAGUUCAAGUAGCCGAGACAGAGGUCGGCACAGGCGCAGCAGAAGCUCCAGCCGUGGUCGCAGUGAGAAGAGGUCACGAUCGCGUAGCAAAUCGCACAGUUCCAGGUCACAUAGAUCUCGCAGCAGUAGCCGCAGCAGACGCUCUAGGUCACAUCGGUCUCGUUCUGGAGAUCGUAGGAAGGAUCGUUCACAUUCAAGAGAUAAGAGGCGUGACGGGCCCAUCACAACUUGACCAUAGCCCCAUUAGCCAUUCAUUUUCCAGGGUGCUUCUUGGAGGUGCCAGAGACUAGGUCUGCUCUGUUUCACUCUGACAAGCUUUCUCCUGCUUGAACAUUGUCCCCCUCCUGCAACAUGAAAGAGAUGUCAGAUGUGGAUGGAAGUGAAAGAAAAAUGCCCAAGUGGGAGUCCGAAUUUAAGAUGGGAACAACAGGUUUACAGAAGAAUGUGGGGGAGUUUAAGCAAGAGGUGAAACUGUGGGAAGACAAAUCUGUGGAUAUGAUUGGUUAUCAGACUACUGGGAAUGUCUUAGGAAGUCGAAGAUCCUGUUCCCAGAAUGAAUUGUGUCAGAUUCAUAUCUGAAAGAAGGUGUCCUAAACUAUUGACUAAAACAUUUUGUAGAAGAGUGAUUUGUCUGAUUAGAUGGCUGUAUUUUCAGAGCAGCAUCAUUACAAGGUAUUUCCUGAAGUCUGUGUGGCUGUUCUAAUACUCAUUUUGGAACAAGUUUCCUAGUAAUCACAGAAAGCCACCACUGGAUCCUGAACUUUUCAUGCAGAUCUGUUUCAGUAGAUAUCACCAUUUUUGUCAUUGCCUUUCAUCUAUGUUAGUUGCGAGUUUAUUUUUCUUCUUCUUUUGUUUCCUUUCCCAUCCUUUUAGGUUUGUAAAUAAAACAUUUGUUGCUCAUUUACAUUUAUGUGAAAGAAAAAUAAUCAUAACUGCACUGUGCAGAACUUGUAUUCAGGUUCUGUGGUACAUCAUUGAAAUACAGUAGAUUUCGUUCGUGUAUCUGGCAUGUUACAGUAGAUUACUGAUUGUGUGGUUAUGUUGCACUAUAUAUUUGCCAACUGUAGAGGUGAUUGCUGACAACUGAAAAAAUAUCCUUAUAAAACUGUCCUACAUUGUUGUUCACUCAUUUUGCUGGAUGGAUCAGUUGUGUAUUAAAGGCAAUAUUGACACUAAAAGAUGAUUUCACAAGGUUAGAACAAAUGUGCCUAAUUUCAUUAUAUAUGUCAGGAAAAUACUUUGUAAAGAACAAAAAGUGACUAAAUAUUUUAUCAGCCUUGUGCACUUUUUCAUUGAGGGCAUUGAAAAGUGAAAAAGUGGUAAAUUAGUUUGCUAGAUUUCUUCCCAUGUUUCCUGUGGUUUGUCACCAACCCACAGCUUGAUACUAAAUUUGGGCUUGGCUGUGAUUUGUUAUUCUAAGUAUUUUUACAGUGUACGAUAUAUAUUUGGAAACAGCAGUACUCUUCAUUUUAGAUGCAAUAAAUUUUAUUCCAUGUAAUAUUAAAAUUUGUUCAAAAUGUUACUAUUUGAUUUAACAAACAUGAUGAAGCUGUAAAAUAUAUUCUUCAUACCAGAUUUGGAUUGUGGCAUAAUUUAUUUAUUUUUUAUUUUUACAUGUUUGAAUUUUCUAAUAUUAGGAAGUGUUUCAGUUGUGAGCAAAAUGUUAUUUUGUAUGAUACAAUUAGAAGUAUGUGUGAGUGAGUAAAGGGUUUAUAUGUAUCUUGGCUGUUGAAGACAUUCUCUGAAAGAAAUUAUAUUGUUCUAUAUAUGAAAUUCAGUCUUAACAGAAUAAUAUUUGUGUCAUAUAAAAAUUGUCAUCUUAAACCUGUGUAAUCAAAAUUUCAUGUUUAAAGGUGGUAAGGAAAAUAAAUAUAUUUCAAAUUUAUUUGAAAACUGAGAAAUGGAAACUUCUUAGAGAUUACCCGGGACAGGCAUUUUCAGUACUACUGCAGUUUUCCUAAUUUAAUGCAGACACCAUUUUUAAAAAGUUAGAUUUGGUUCUUUUACAUGUAAAUUUUACAACAAAACUUAUGGAAUAGUUUGUGUGUUCAUUUAACACUGUAAUUUUGUAAAUGUUCACUGGUUUGGUAGCAUCAUAAAAAGAUGUAUAAGUCAUUGUUCUGAAAGUUAUAUAAAAGAAAAACUGCACAUUCAGAUCAACGCAUUAAAAUGAAAUUGUGUUGAAAAUUAUCAUAUUGCCUUGUUAGUUUGGUUUUGUGGGUGUGAGAUAUGGAGUGUGUGGUUAGUGCUACCUAUAUUUUAACGGUAAUAGCAUUACAUAAUCACGAUUCUACUGUAGUGUGGUAAAAUUGUGUGAGUAUCAAUCCUUAUAGAUAUUUCUCUUAUGAAGUAGGGAGUCAUCCCGGAGUCGCAGAGACAGUGAAUAGCAGGCGUAAAAGUAUGAAACCUUACAGAUGCUUUUGUUAUGAAGUAGGGAGUCAUCCCGGAGUCGGAGAUUGAGCGAUGAGAAUGGAGAAGAUGACCAUGUGAAAUCUGAAUCGGAAGAUAAGGAUGAAUAUAAAGUUAAAAGUGAGUAGUAAUUAUAUUAGCUUUUAAGUUUAAAAUGCUUGUCAGCCUUGUGGCUGAUGUGGUUAUUGUUGCUGCUAAACUGAUUGUGAUUGGUUCUACGUAAAGAUAAUUCAUGGCAGCAAUUGACUGUGGACCUUCUUGAAGACUAGGUAUUUUUUACUGUUCACACAGAAUAGUGGGACUUUUUGUACAUCCAGUUAAGAAGCUGUAAUUUAUGUAUAUUGCAAUUAAGGUUGGCCAAGGAUUGUGCAGGAUUUUCUUUCAUUCACAAGUUUUGGAGUGAACUUCGUUAAAAGUUAUGUAAUUUCGUGUAAGGAUACAGUUAUGUACCAUAAAUAUGUGUACUGUAUUACAAAAUACAUAUUUAUUUUGAAUCCAUUAUACAUGAAUAUUUUACUGUGAUUUUGUCCUUAUUGUAGUUGCAAAUACAUCGGUCUAUGACAUUUUGUAGUUGGUGCAAACUGACACAAAGGACGAUACCAAAGUGGAUUUCAUAGCUUUCCAUUCACUUUUAUUGUAAAUGUGGCAUCUUACUUUAUAAGAAUAAAGGACAUAGUUGCUGUGUUAUAGUAACCUGUACAUAUUGAUGGUGUGUGUAGUAUUCACUCUGUAAUUUUCAAUAACUUCUGUUGCAUAAUAAUUAGAUUCUGUUUUA